AAGGCAACAGAAGAAUGGACAAAGUAGGGGGUGUGCUGUUGAGUCUUUUCAGGAAACACGCUAUCGGAUUUCACUUCCAAUUUUCCCAAAAAUACAACCAUGGAGUCAGCUGCAACACAAACUCGGUUCAUAGCAGAUGUCACGUUGGAUACCUGUCACUUAAUGUAAAAAGCCAUGCAGCGGGCUAAUGGAGAAACUCCUACUGCCAUUGCCUCCGCUGAGAUGACCCCAAGAUAGGUGGAACAGUGAAAACCAGGGGAAUUCAAUAUUUGGGUUAAUCCUCAAAUUGAUCCUAAAAGAAAGUAGCUAUUCACAACGGAAAAACUAUCUUGAAAUCUCUGGUUUGACCUCAAAAUGAUGUUGUUGGUGUGGUUGGGUCUUCUUUGGCUGCAACGUUGCAGUGCUCACAGCCUCUUCACCUGUGAGCCAAUUGAGGUUCAUCGGUGUAUGGGGCUGUCCUACAACAUGACUUUUUUUCCCAACAUGAUGGAGAACUAUGAUCAGGAUGAUGCAGCCUCUAAAAUGGAGCCUUUCAUGCCCUUGGCAAGUCUUCAUUGUUCCCCAAAUGUCCACCUCUUCCUGUGCCAGGCCUUUUUCCCAGCAUGCACUGAGGAGAACACAGUGCUACAGCCUUGCCGAGAGGAGUGUGAAGCUGUUUUAUCUGAUUGUUCGGAGAACAUUCAGAUUUUUGGUAUCAUCUGGCCUCCUGAGCUACAGUGUGACAAACUUGACUCAUGUGACCUUCAAGAUGAUUCCAAGCUUACUGCAACCACACCAAUGAGCUCCACAUCUGCUAAGAGGAACUUGGGCUUUUGGUGCCCACUGCAAUUGAAAGCGAAACCUGGUCACGGUGCAUCAUUCCUGGGCGCUCUGGACUGUGCUCCACCUUGUUCCAAUAUGUAUUUCAAACCGCAUGACAUUGAAUUUGCCAAGAGAUUUAUUGGCAUAUGCUCCAUCAUCUGUUUGGGUGCCACUCUUUUUACCUUCCUUACUUUCCUCAUCGAUGUCAAACGCUUUCGCUACCCUGAGCGACCUAUCAUCUUCUAUGCAGUUUGCUACAGUUUUGUUUCACUCAUAUAUUUUAUUGGCUUUCUGCUGGGCAACAGUGCAGCCUGUACCAAGGCAGACCGUGCUACUACUGUGGACACAGUAGUGUUGGGCUCUCAGAGCAAAGGCUGCACCUUGCUUUUUAUGCUUCUCUACUUCUUCUCAAUCGCUGGAAUCAUUUGGUGGGUUAUACUCACUAUCACCUGGUUCCUGGCAGCUGGACCCAAAUGGAGCUGCGAAGCCAUAGAGAAGAAAGCGGUGUGGUUCCACUCUGUUGCCUGGGGAAUCCCCGGAGCGCUAACUGUCAUGCUGCUUAUUCUGAACAAGGUUGAAGGGGACAACAUUAGCGGAGUUUGCUUCGUGGGACUGUAUGAUCUGGAGGCCUUGCGGUACUUUGUUAUCGCUCCCCUGUGUGUGGGCGUCAUAGUCGGGCUCUUCCUAAUCCUCGCUGGCAUCAUUUCACUUAACCACGUGCGCCAGGUUAUCCAGCACGAUGAGCACAACCAGGAGAAACUCAAGAAGUUCAUGAUUCGUAUUGGUGUGUUCAGUUGCUUCUAUCUGGUCCCACUGGUCACCCUGUUAGGAUGCUACAUCUAUGAACAGAGUCGACGCAGCACGUGGGAGAACAUAUGGAUCAACGACUGGUGCCAAGAAUACAGCAUCCCUUGCUCAUACAGGACAACCCAGCAUGAGCAUCCUGAUCUCUCUCUGUUCCUGUUAAAGUAUUUGAUGACCCUCGUUGUUGGAAUAUCUGCAGUGUUCUGGGUUAGCAGUAAAAAGACAUGCUCUGAGUGGGCCUACUUUUUCAACAGGACCCGUGAAAAAGAUCCCAUCAGUGAGAGCCGCCGGGUGCUUCAGGAGUCCUGUGAGUUCUUCCUCAAGCAUAACAGCCGUGUCCAACACAAGAAGAAGCAGUACAAGUCAACCUCACACAAGCUCAAGGUCAUCUCAAAGUCUAUGGGGACAAGCACUGGCUGCACACCAACCAAUGCUUCCAUUGGUGCCAGCACCUCACCUCUGGGGAAUCAUGAGCUCCACACCCAGGGCUCUGUGAGGGAGCAGAUGGACAAGGGCAAUUCUAGCCGAAGCUCCAGGCUUGAAGACAGGGAGCAAGACCAAGAAGGAGGAGAGAGACACAGUAAAGAAUGUAGCUCUGCGAAAGUUAGCUGCCAGUCAGGGAGUUUACACAGCAGAGUACUGGAUGGAAGGAUGACACCAAAGAGUGAGCACUCAGAGGUCAAACCAGUUCCAAUCACACAGCAGCGUUCAGCUUUAAACUCAUCUCCCAGGGUUGAACGCUCCACCCUCCAACAGGAGCCAAAUGUGUCUAAGGAGAGAGAGGACACAAUAGACAACUGCUGAGAAACAGGUUGACAAACUACUGACGGCUCGGUCCGGGGUUCACUCGACCCUGAUUGUAUCAUUAUUUCAUGUCCACAGCCACAGUGUAAUAUAUUUUUAUCUGCAUUGACGGAAUUUGAGAGCUAUAAUCAUUUAGCCAAAUUUUUACCUUUACAACUCCAUACCAACUACUAUAUUAUUGUUCUGUCUCUCACUCUCGUGCAGUGCAGACAUUUUUGCUUACUCUGCUUACUUUGCCUCUGUGCAUUUUUUCUUGCUGAUAAGCUUGUUUUUCUUCUAAAAAAAAUUUGAAGCAGCGACUCCUGGAUGUUUUUGAACCUGUGGGAUUAUACUUUUUUUUGUAGAUAUAUUUAGUUGUCAUAUUCUAAUAUUGUCUCACAAUUAUGUGAGCCCGGCCUGCCAAUUAGCACAAGCCCGACAGUCAAAAUGCCUCCCUUUUCCACUGAGGACUGUCACAGACUGCUGCAGAGGAUGUUAAUCCUGGAAACAAAAAAUUACCAUCUUCAAGUGUAUGUGGUUGUAAAUGGACUGUCUGGGAAUGAAACCACUCUUCCAAUGUCUCAAAAUGGUGAGCAGAAGUGUGCUAACAUACAGCAACUUAGCUCAACAAAAAGAACAGAUGUGGACACUGUGGAAACAGUAUUGGAUCAUACAGCAGUUCUCCCUGGAAUUUUCGUGGGAGCGAAGCGCAAAGAUAGACAAACACCUAAAAGGGACCACAUAACACCAGCAGAUUACCAAGGAAUCUGGGUGGCCUGUAUAGUGGUCUGCUUCUACCCCAAGUGAGAAGUCGUGGAUGGUUACUCCAGCAAAGGGUAGGAAAAAUGGAUGUGUCAAUGCAAAACAUUAACAUCAGACUCACAAGUACCUACAUUUGAGCCACUUUUACAAGACCCUGGCCCAGAAUGCUCAUCCUCGACCACGGCUGAAAGGUAUGAAAGUAAAACAUAUAAGAAAAUAAAUGACACCCCUAACGUUAAUAGUUGAUGAUGGAGCUAUCAAGGAUGUGAAAUGUUUUUGCAGUGAAAAGAACACCAAAGUACUGUUUUACAAAUGACGUUGUCUGACAUCUUGGGAAAAAUCCUGGAGAUUACUAAUCAGUACUCAACUUUUAAAUUUGUCAUACACACAGGGAGCCUGUAUGUUCCCAAGGUGCAAUCAGAGGUACUAAAGCAAGAUUUUUUAAUUGUGAGGGUUUCAUGGGUGGACCUCUCCCACUUGUACAAUUUGGAGAUUGAACCAAGGGAAACAGUCAGUUAAAUGAGUGACUCAGAGAAGUGUGUACUGCACUAUCUGUGUUCCAUGAAAAUUUCAGGGUUUUUUUUUCUUUUUUGUGUUGAAAUAGACAAGGAAUUAAGUUAUUGGCUGCCAAUAUUUUUUUUACUGUGUACAUGAUUCAGUAGCCCGAAAAAACACUGGCCUUGUCGACAUGGCUGAAGGACAAAAGGAUGCAGUUGUUCCCAAAUAAUCGGAGGAACAAGAGAUGGAUUCAUCAACGUCAUCCAAACAAUCAGAGAAGCAAAUGACAAAUGACAUCUCUCACACCCUUCCCUGCCGCAUUGGAGCCAAGCCCAAAGUAAAACUUACUCUCUACAUGCCCAAAUGCCAUGUUAGGUCUGACAUACAAGGUGAAGACUGAAUAUUGGAGUCCACCCCACACCAUUGCCUGAAAUCCACUAAGAUGUAAAGAGCCCCUCGUGCAGCCAUAAAGAACCUGAUUAGAAGAAUCUAUUUCCAUUGUCUUUUCCAGAAUGUCAUAUUGAGGUCGGGCAUUUUUUUUAUUGUGUUGUUACAUGGGACAGAAACUUGGUCGAAGAAAUGGCAGGAAAAACAUAGAACUACAAACUUACUGAGGAUAAAAUGUAUAUCAAACCGUUGUUUACAGUUAGCUCUGCAAGACGAGCUCUUUUCAAAAUCACGUCACCAGGUAAGAUAUCAAUGUUGAUUUAAUGCCAUCAUUAAAACCUAUGAUCUGGGCUUUUUGUUACUAAAAUUUGUAGUAGAGGUACCACUGUAUUGUAUUUGUAAUUGUACUUAUUGUGGUUAACAAAGUAGCUGUAAUACUAUUUUAAACAAGGCAACACCAGCAAAUUUUAAUUCUAUGAACGUGUGAUGCGGGGUGGGGGCAGUGGUAUUGCUAUUUGUGUUAUUUCCGUGGAAAUGAAUUACCGUGACUGAUUGUAGCUCUUGAAUAUUUUUUUUAGUUAAAAGUGACAGGAAGGGUGUUUUUUUUUUUUCCAUAAUUUAUGAACCUGCCAAGAUACAAUAGAAAAUUUAUGCUGGAUUCUUUAGAACUGCUGUGAGUUAUUUAGACUGACUACAACCAUUUAUCAUAAAUGAGACUUUAACAUUCCUGUUGACAAUAACAUGGGGGGAAAAUGUACUAGACUUGUUUAACUUGUCAUAGUAAGAGUCCAACCCCCACUCAAGGUCACAUCUGAGACCAGGUCAUCGCUAAGGAUAUUGAAAUUCAAUAAAUUGGCAUUGAUGACAUUGA